UCUCUCUUAAUUUGUCCUCAUUACUCAUUUACCUCGCCAACUAGUCUUUCCUUCUUCAUCAUUUCUUAACCUCUCAAAACUCUUUCCAUUCAUACAAACAAACGGAAAACUAAAAGACCAUAGUUAGAACUAAGCCAAGAAUACCAAAAGAAGAAAAAUCAUGGGCAUAAUGGAAAACUCGCCAACUGCCAUAGCCCCUUUGCUACUCAGAAAUAUGGUAACUUCUGUAUUUAUUUAUGCUGACAAAUCCCUCUUGAACUUAGCAGAAAAAUACAAGCUACUUGAACUAAUUCGCGCUGUUGUCAUCACUUCUUUUCUCUUCUUCCUGCGCUUACUUCCUUCUCUGAUCCCUUCUACUUUACACCCUCAAGCCGAUGAUUACACGUUUAAGCACCCCCAGAACCAUAGCUACGUGGCUGCAGCCUGUGGGGUUGGCGACUCGGGAAUCGCUCGUGCGCUGUCACAGCUACUAUCAAUCGUUAAUGACAUUCCUGUUAGCUCAAGAAAGUAUGAAAUUGUCCGAUCGUUAGCGGAAAGGCUUAUAGAAGAGAACCGUAAGGAAGACGUCGAAGCUUUGCGUGAAGUCAACCGUACCGUUUUGUCAGCUGCUUUUGCGAGGACUCUUAGACAGCUUGAAGCUGCAAUGGUUGAAUUGGGGCAAGACAUGGCUGGUCUCGAUGCCCCGGAACCUGGACCGGUUCGGUAUCGGUUGAACAGGGUUUUACGGGUGAUUCGAUCGGUCGGAGAUGGCGUGUGGAGUAGGGUGGGGAUGGGGAGAGAGGAUGUGAAUCGGUCGGGGAAUUCGGCUCAGAAGCUGGCUGCUGAGCUGCUUUGGUUGGCGCAGAAGUUAACCGCUUGUGGGUUUGAGGAAGAGGCUGUUGAGAGGUGGGCGUCAACUUCAAAACUGGCUUGGCUUUCUCUUUCAGCUGAGCCGCGGCUUCAAUGUUCCCUGGUUAAGGUUUCGGCAUUCCUGUUCAAACAAGCCAAGGAUAUGGGGCUGGAAGUAGAAGAGACUGAAGAAGGCAACAAAGAGAACCUCAGGCAAACGAAGCUGAAGAUGCUAACAUCAUGGUUGCCAUUGCUAUGCAGAGCUAGCAAUGGCACCGAUGCACCAGUGCUCAGCAUUAGUGAAAGAGCUGAGCUAGAGACGUUAUUAGAAGAGACCAUUGAAAUGCUAGAACAAGAGGAGCAAGAGCAAGUACUCUCCCUGUGGCUUCACCACUUCACACAUUCACCAUCCUCGGACUGGCCCAACCUCCAUGAGUCAUAUGCUCGCUGGUGUACCACUUCUCGUAAGCUCUUGCUCCUCCAUUGAAGAUAUUAACCAGGAUAUAUCUUGUGUAUCGUAUGCAAGAAUAGGAACCUGUUAAAUGUUAUGAUUCUUCCUUCUAUAAAUCUUUUUCUUGUAUCA